AUGAGCGAACCGACGCUCCGGUGCGGCGCCGACGGCUGUAAUGAAAAGUUUUUCACUCCGGGUCUACGACGGGGUCAUCAGAUCGCUGUCCACAAUAGGAAACGGAUUAAACAUAAACCGAAACGAGAGCAAGCGUGCGAUUGGCCCGGAUGUGAAUGGAUGGGAAAAGGGAUUAAUGUCCAUAAACUCGUCCAUACGGGAGAGCGACCACAUGUGUGCGUUUGGCCCGAUUGUGGUAAGAGUUUUAAAGAUAGGAACCGAUUGAAAGAUCACAUGAAUAUCCACAACAAUGUGCGCCCAUAUGUGUGUCAAUGGCCCGGAUGUGAGUACUCGGCCACUUGUUUUGAGUAUUUGUUUAGACAUAAGAAGUUUGUCCAUAAAAUACAUGUGAAGACACACUACUCGACGCUCAAACGGUUUAGAUCUGAUGUCAAUGAAUGUGAUUAUCGAGGCUUUGGUCAGCGGUAUUACAAACGGCAUAUGAAGUUCCACUCAAAUCAAUCGGUGUCUGAAAAUAUACCACAAAAUGUCAUCCAAAGGAAGAAAUGUUUGGAUUUAACCACAAAUGCAUUCAUUUGUCCCAUAAAUGAGUGCCACAAGAGUUGUGGAACUGAUGUUAAGUUUAAGCAACAUUUGCGGUCCGUUCACAGCGACGGACAAUACGUUUGUGAAUACAUAGGCUGUGAGAAUGUGUUUAAAACAAAACAUGGCUUAAAAAUGCAUCAAUUAAUACACAAAAAGGCGAAACAAUUUCAUUGUCCACACAAUGGCUGUGAGUCUAAAGCCAUUAGCGAUAGGUAUUUGAUAUCACAUCUGAAGACACACUCGACGGACAGUGUAUGCAAUGCGGAGAGCAUUGAAUCGGUAGUCAAAGAAGCGGAACCACUGACACAAUACACGAAAGCCUUUACACUAAACACAUUAGAGAGAAAUCAAUGCUUUGAUCCGAAGACAAAGACCUGGAAGUGUCCGGGAAUUGAGUGCCAGAAGUCAUUUAAAACGCGUGAUAUAUUUAUACACCAUUUACGUAACGUUCACUGCGAACCCCGAUUUAAAUGCCAUUACGAUGGGUGCGAUAAGAUUUUUAAUAAUAAGGAGAGACUCAAUAGUCACUUAUUAGUUCACAAAAAUGACAAAAAAUUUAAAUGCGAUUACAAAGACUGCGAGUACGCGGGCCUUACGAUAUGGGCCUUAAAGGCACAUCAGGUCUCGCAUUCGGCGGACAGAUCUUUGUUUGACUGCCCGGUCGACGGGUGCGGGAAGUCAUUCAAGACAUCCGGUGGUCUUAAGAGCCACUCGCGGACUCAUAUGAGCGAACCGACGCUCCGGUGCGGCCGCGACGGCUGUAGUGAAAAGUUUUUCACUCCGGGUCAACGACGGGCUCAUCAGAUCGCUGUCCACAAUAGGAAACGGAUUAUACAUAAACAACGAAAGCGGCGGUGCGAUUGGCCCGGAUGUGAAUAUUUGGGAACUGGUGUUAGUGAGCAUAAACGUGUCCAUACGGGAGAGCGACCACAUGUGUGCGUUUGGCCCGAUUGUGGUAAGAGUUAUAAAGAUUUACAGCGAUUCAAAGAUCACAUGAAUAUCCACAACAAUGUGCGCCCAUAUGUGUGUCAAUGGCCCGGAUGUGAGUACUCGGCCACAUGUUUUGAGUAUUUGUAUAGACAUAAGAAGUUUGUCCAUAAAAUCCCACUCUUGAGGUGUUGUGUCAGCGACUGUCAGAUGAUAUUGGGAUCAACUGAUGACGUGUCUAAACACUUAGAUCUUCAUAUAUCUGAGCCGACCAUUGAGUGCCGAACCGAUGGCUGUGUUUACAUGUUUUGCACUGAAGAGCAACGGAUGAGACAUAAGAUGAUAAUUCACGCCAAAAGAGGUGAUAAUAAAGACGUGAAUAGAGGGCCGCAAACAGUGGCGAACACGACAUCAGUGUUGACAACAUCUCAAGACAUGAUCAGAAGGAAAGCGAGAGAACUGAUAGAACAGAUCCAAUCACACGAACCCUUCACUCAAGAGAUCUCUAAAAGAUUGGAUAAAGACUGCGAUAAAGCCAUCGCUCGGCCGAAACCUUUGGCCACCGAUAAUAGUAUUAACCCAAACGUUGUGAUAUAUAUUCCCGACCGACUCCAGAGCGGAUCCAAUGGACAACAAAUGACACCACAAGAGGUUCAACACGAAGUUAGACGAAGAAUGUUUCAAACCAUUCAAUGCUCUGAAGGCGUGUCUGUGUUUAUAUGUCUUGUCGGCGAUUGUCUGAUGAUAUUUAUAACAGAAGAGAGUUUGCAAAAGCACUUGGAUUUACAUACGACUGAUCCGACCAUUGAGUGCGGAACCGAUGGCUGUAUUGAUAUGUUUCACACGAGAAACCAAUUGAACAGACAUUGGCUGAAGACUCAUAGCCUGAAUGCGAGUCACUCUAAGUAUCAGAUGCUUAAUAAA